ACCCUAGUUUCUUUCGUUUUCUGAAUCUGAGAAAGGGAGAGACGCAGUCGCAAAAAUGACAACCCAUUUGAAGAAGAACAGGAAGAAGAGAGGUCAUGUAUCAGCAGGUCAUGGACGUGUAGGGAAACAUCGAAAGCAUCCUGGUGGUCGUGGUAAUGCUGGAGGUAUGCAUCACCAUAGAAUCCUGUUCGAUAAGUAUCAUCCUGGUUACUUUGGAAAGGUUGGUAUGCGUUAUUUUCAUAAACUAAGGAACAAGUUCCAUUGUCCAAUCGUCAACAUCGACAAGCUAUGGUCAAUGGUACCACAAGAAGUGAAAGAUAAAGCAUCAAGUGAUAAAGCACCUGUUAUUGAUGUUACUCAGUUUGGAUACUUCAAGGUUUUAGGGAAAGGUGUUCUACCUGAGAAUCAACCUAUUGUUGUUAAGGCUAAGUUGAUUUCUAAGACUGCUGAAAAGAAGAUUAAGCAAGCUGGUGGUGCUGUUGUUCUUACUGCUUAGAGAAACAAUUUGGGAUCUAGGGUUUCCUUCUUCGGAGGUGAUUUUUAGAUUGAACUCAAGUUUUUCAUUAGAUCUUUAUUUUUAGUAGUUUAAUCUAAAAGAUUUAGAUUUUAUUUGAGAGCACUAUUACUUUUGGAUGUUAUGUUUCAGAUAUUUUGAUUAAGUUUAUGCAAGCAACAUUAUAUGAAUCUGUCAGUUGUUUUAUGUC